AUGCAGCAGUGCAACAGCAACAACAGGAGGAACUGCUCAACGGAUGCCCAAGGAACCGGGGCGGCGAUGCCGUGCCCUCGUGGUCUCUUCCAAGGCGUGGGUGGCGGCGGCCCCUUCUCCAUCUUCUUCGCUAUCAAUGAAGAGGACGCCAAUCCUCCUCCUUCCUUGGCCGUGGAUUGCACCCUUUCCCUCGGGACGCCCUCUACGCGCCAACUGUCGGCCAAGACCUCCCUCGUCCCGUCAAACUACUCCUUGCGGUUGGACUUGCUUCCCUCGCCGUCAAAGCAGGCGACGCCAUCUGCCUUUGGUUCUCGGAUCGGAGGAGACCCGUUGCUGCACCCCCGAAGAUGUGCCAACUGUGACACCACAUCCACUCCUCUCUGGAGAAAUGGGCCCCGUGGUCCGAAGGUACCUUCCUCUCUCUCUCUCUCUCUCUCUCUCUCUCUCUCUCUCUCUGAGUCGUGCAGUUUCGCCUAAUGAUUACUCUUUGCGCAUGUUGGAGAAGUCCCUCUGCAACGCGUGCGGCAUCCGAUACAAGAAGGAAGAAAGGCGCGCGGCUUCUUCUACCGUGGCAUCGUUCACUUCUUCUUCCCCGUCGUCUUCAUCGCUUCCUUCGGCGCAGCAGCAAUACCUGCCCGCUAACUACGGCUACCGUCAGCCCUGGGGGUGCCCUAGCGCUCGAUUGGCAUCAACGGCGGCGGUGCAACGUAGCUCUCCCUCGCCAACCGAGUCGGCGAUGGAGCCUAGCGUCCUACCUUAUCUCCCCUGGCAGCGCUUCAAUGUCGGCGCCACAGCUCACUUUCAAGACUAA